AUGCUCCUCCCGAGGCACCCACGCAGCCCAGCUUCCCGAGCGAGGAGGAGUCAAGGGGAGCAGCAGGAGCGAGCCCGAUGCCCGGAUUCCCACGCGCCGUCCGGCCGCUUCUCCCUGGGUGCGCAACGAGGCGCGGUUGCUACUGCGAGGAGCCCGGGGCUGUCUCUCCACGUGAUGGAGGCCAAGGGCGAGGAGGAGGAAGGAAGGCACGGAGGGACGGCGGGGGCUGGCUGGGGCGGGGAAGCCGCUGAGGCGCGCAAUUGGCCCUUUGUCUCAGGAAGCCGCUGCUCCGGCUCGGCGGGCAAUUUCGCCGGCGCGCCCCUUCCUCGCGGAGGGAGCUGCGUGGCGGCCUCCGGCCUUCAGCGAAGGCAGCGCGCGAGGCUGGCCCAAGCUUAUAUAAGCUUGGCCGCUUGGCUGCAAGAGACUGGAGGCCAGAGAGUUUCUUCUUUCAGUAUAGACUCUUUGAUCACUACUAUCAUGAGGUUCGUGUGGUUCCUGUGCACAGCAGCGUUGCUGUCUUCCAGCUUUGCCGUUCCAGUAGGACACCAAUAUGGACAGUCAAGCCUCAAGGAUCUGAAAUCCAUAGAGGCCUAUCUUAACAAGUUUUUUCCACCCGGGAAUGAUGUAAUCCAGCAUACUCUGGAGGAACGAAUCAAAGAAAUGCAGAAAUUCUUCCAUUUGACUGUAACGGGAAGAAUGGAUUCCGAAACUGUCAAAGUAAUGGAACAGCCUAGAUGUGGAGUUCCGGAUGUCGCGAGCUACAGUACAUUUCCUGGAAGACCACGAUGGAAUAAGAAAGUGUUGACUUACAGGAUCAAUAACUACCCUUAUUAUGCGGAUAUCCGUCGAGACAAAGUGGACACAACCAUAGCAAAGGCAUUUAAGGUGUGGAGUGAUGUGACCCCACUGCAGUUCAGAAGAACAAGUGGACCUGCUGAUAUUGAAAUUAGCUUUGAGUUUAGGGCUCAUGGUGACAACUUACCUUUUGAUGGGAGAGGUGGAGAUCUGGCUCACGCUUUUGCCCCUGGACGAGGCCUCGGUGGAGAUAUGCACUUUGAUAAUGAUGAGAUCUGGUCAGAAACCAACAGAGGAACCAACUUUUUCAUUGUUGCUGCACAUGAGAUUGGUCAUUCCUUGGGACUGUACCAUUCGGGUGUCCCUGGAUCUUUGAUGUAUCCUACCUAUUCCUAUGUGAACCCAAAUAAUUAUCGCCUUCCAGCGGAUGAUACGAAAGGAAUCCAGAGUUUAUAUGGAAAGAAGAGGCUGUAA